CACAGCGGCCUAAUGUAAGCAGCAGACUAAUUAUGAAACAAGUCUGUUACAUUCAUCUCAGAAACCUUCACACAUUUUUGUGGCCGGACAGAAACUCUGCUCACCUACAUCCGCAAACUGUGCAACCACGGAGACUCGUCAUGAUGCAGGGGCGACUCAGCUGUGUUAAUCAGCUUCUUCCUCAUAAUAACACACCGGACAUGCCUGAUUCAGGAACCGUGACUGACUGACAGCCAACGGGGGUGUCCAAAAACCCGUCCUACAGUUUGUUACCGAGUUUCUGUUUGAAUAUCAAAAUAUCACCGACAGGCUGGUUUAAGUUCUUCGACUUUCCAAGGUUAAAUCCAGAGAAGAUCAACACAUUAAAGACAACUAGACGGAAGUUUUGAAGAUGGACUCCGACGGUCCUCUUGUCAGCAGGGUGGAGAGAACUUUCUGGACAGUUUGGUACUAUAUAACUGGAGCUGUGAACAGAUUGCUUAGGCCGGAGUCGGAAAACACUGUCGGCAACGACCCCAACUCCCCCCAGGAGACUGCAGUUGACCGUGAGCUCGCAAAGUGUAGUCAAAAGGAUGAAGUUAGUGAUGGGGAAGUCCAAGGGGAACAGACUCUUGCGACGGCCUCUCUGCUUAGCCCCUCUCGGCCGGCUGUGGCUUGGGAUCUUUGCACCACAGAAAUAGAUCUGGGAACUGAAAUGAAAGACUCUGAAAAAGAUGAGGACAAGAGAGAGGAAGAGUUGGUCCAAAUAGGGUGUGAUGAGUCAGAGCUGCUUGUUGCUAAAGAUAACAAAGAAGACAAUGAAGGGAAUCUGGAAUUGUACAUUCACAGACAAGUUGAGAUGCUUGAAUAUGAAAAGACAGAUGAAUUAAUGAUCGCAAGGUCCCAGAUUCUUAUAAAUAACGCCAUCAGUGAAGACUUGGCUGGUACUGAAGAGGAGACUGAGAGGAUGAAGACACCAGAUUUCCAAACAGUGGAGGAAAUCACAACCAGGGUCCAGGAACAGGAAGAAGAUGACAUUGAGAUACGAUUGAACACAGCCACAGAUCUGCCUCCAAAAGAGGAAGCCAGCAUACACAAAGAGGAGGCAAGUAGUCAGAGGAUCAUGGUAGAAGUAGAAAACAGUAAUAGUGUUUUAUUGCAGGCUUCUGAAAAUGAAAACAGGUCUGAUGAGGGUACAGUAAAGGAUGACAGUGAAGAACUUGUAGAUGUAAGCAUCCCUGUGUCUGAACUAAUAGUUGCCGGACUGGAGCAUGCAAUGGCACCCAGAAAUAAGAAUGAUGAAUCUGACAAGGUGAAAGAACAUUUGGAUGAGAGCAAAAUGGAAGAGGUAGAGCAGGUUGUGAUUGAGGAAGACAAUGUGAACAAGGCUGAAGAAGACCAGGCUUUAGAUGAUGUGCCGGAGCAUAAAGGUGAGAUUCCAACCAUCACUGGAGACAGGAAAGAUGCUGAAACUGAGCUGUAUACAGAGGGAAGGCAAAAGGAUGUGGCAAGGGACAUCAAGGUACAAAUCAACAUAACAGGGAUGGAUGAUGGUGAAACAGAGCGUUAUGGUGCAGGGAUCAAUGAAAAGGCUGGUGUGGAUUCAUCCAACAUUCCAGCAGAUGACAAAAUUCUGGAUAAAGAUCAGGUGCAAGAAGGUAACGAGGAAAGAGUCACCUCAGUUACAGUAAAAGAUGAAGGGGAGACUAGACAGGAAACAAGCUGGGAGUUUCAAAAUAUCCCUGAGGGUGUAUUUAAAGGCCAGUCUGUGGUGUCGCAGGAGCCCAAACCUUUAACAUGCAAGGAAGCACAAGAGGGAGUUCCUGAAUACAACAAUGAGCCAGAGCCAGAUGAAAAUACAACACAAAGGUUCCUGGAAGUUGGAGAUUCUAAGGAAGUCCAGAGCACUCAAUUACCAGAAGAGGUGGAGAGCGAAGAGCUAGAGAGCCUUCAAAACAGUGGCAGCAAAACUGGAGCUGACUAUUUAGAGGUGAGGGAGCAUAUUGAAAAGGGACAAGAAAGCAAGAGCAACUUUGAUUUGGGUGGUAGUGAACUGCAACAAGAAACAAAGAAACCGCUUUUUGAACCAAUACCUCAAGAACUGGGACCUUUAUCUGUGGAAGAGGACAGGGAGUUAUUGGUUACCUCAAUGAAGACAGGGAUCAAUCACUCUGAAAAGGAGUUUGAGUCAGACUUUGGCUUAACAAGCAAGAAAGAUCUGCAAGAUGGGGCUGAAGAUAUUUUGGUUGACAUGGAUGAAGGAUUAAGGGAUCCCAAGGAGGCAGAGGAUGCUCUAGAUAGCUUUAUGAAGACAGAAAAUUUGGACGUACUGGAAGCUGUAGACCUCCUUGAAGCUGGUGAGCAGACAACAAAGACUUACCUUCAGGAAUCAGUAGAUGCAGUAAGCUUAGAGCAAAACAUCAACGAGACAUAUAGUCUAAUUGAGGAUAUUACUGCCAUAGGAUUUAUGAAACAGUCUGUAGAAACAGAGCUUCAAUUACUUGCAGAGGCAGAACAGGAAGAUUCGAGUACAGGUUUGGAAAUAGCAAGCCAUGGAGUUGUGCAGAAGGUAGCUGAAGUUGUAGUGCAGAGCAAAAAAGAGGACAUUUCAGAUUUGGAGGUCACUGGAAUGGCAACCGAACUACUCACAGAAAAGAAUAAAAAGGAACAUGACUUGAUUGCAGAACUAGAGUUAUCCAGAAAAGUUAAGUCUCCAGAGACAGAAAAUCUACUGUUAGAUUUUGAAGCAGCUCAUGAAUCAGAGACAACUGAUUUCAAACCAAAAGAUGUGACUUUGAUUUCAAGAGAAGAAGUACUGAAGAGUGUGACAGAAUCAGAGGAAAGUGGUGAAGAAAGAGUUCUCUCAAUCAGCGGAAGUCGAGAAAUAAUUGAUGAGGAAAUCCUUGACAUGUGGAUUGAAACAUUGUCAGAGGAGAAUGAAAAACAUCAAGAAGAGCCUGAGCUUGGGAAGCAAAAGCACCCUGAAACAGAGUUGUCAAUUGAGAAGCAAACUGAGAAGGAUGAAGAGCUGCUUGUGGAGACAAAUUCAGGGGAGUCUGAAAUAGUGAGUGAUAUGGAGAUGUCUUUAUCGACUACAGAAUCUGGAUUUUCCGACCAGUCUCUCAGUGAAUGGGGAACACAAAACAAUGAAUCUCAAUUACCAAAAUCAAUUAGCACUGGGUCGAUCCACGGCAUGUUUGACGUGUUUGGGAAUGUGUCUGCAAGCAUCCCCAAAUCGUCCCCACAACAACAUGACUCUGAAUGUCAGGAUGCAUCGAUGAGGGGAACAGAUGUGGCAGGGCAAUUGUAUCUGAAAGACAAUCUUAGUCAGGAUUCUGAAAAGACACUAGACAGCACGGAUGAGGAAACUGGAUCACAGGGAGAGAUUCAUGCAGAGGAAAAAGGUGUAUUAGGAGAAACAGGCUUAGAAAACACUGAAGAAGCAGAUGUAAAGUCACAGACAGAAGUGAGGGUUGAGGAAACAGUAAUUGAAGCAGAGGCUCUUGAGAUAAAUUUGUCAGACUCUCAAGAUGAAAUUAAACAUACUGAAUCAGCAAGUUCAGGAAAUUCAUCAGAGGUCUGGUCCGAGGAGGGGAUUUUGUCAACUGAAUCUGGCUCACAAGAAGAUUCAUCAACAGAAUCUGAAAAGAGUCCACUGAAGUUGCCUUUGCUAGACAACCUAAAGCCCAGAUGUUUGGAAGACAUUCCUGACUCGGUAUCAGGACCAAACAAGGCUGAGGUGGAGGACCAGCUGACAUCGCCUGAAGAUCAGACUGAGGUGGAUGUCUCUAAUCUGGACUUCACUGCGCAACGGUCAAGAAUUGCUGUAAAGAAUCCUCUAGUCAGGCCCCCCAAAGAUCCCCGCUCCCUGAUACUCCUGCCCUCAUUGGAUCCAACACCAGUUCCCCGUCUGCAGACCAAAGUCCCUGCAGCUGUGCCUUUGGGAGGCAUGGGCAUCGGAAUAAAACUGCCUGGGCUUGGUGCUGGUUUUCCUGUUCUGAAAAAGACACAACGAAAGGGGAAAGAUGAAAACAGCCCGGAAAGCAACCCACAGGAGCCUGAGACAAAGCCAGAGGAGAUGAGUGAUACUCCCAAACAAGAUGAGACACAACACAAACCUAGAUGGAUGCCACCAAAACAUCCUGGAUUUGGAAACCCACUGAUGUCUGAGCUGAAGACCAAACUAAAGAAAACAACCAAAGACUGAGAAGGAGGCUAAUUGUCAUGUCUGUUGUGAAUAUUUGAAUGUAAUAUAUAACUUGCUUUAUUAUGGUAUAUUUUCCAGAUGUGAUACAGUGAUAAAAUAUUCUUCAUUUUAAUAUUGUUCUGUAUGUUUAACGUUUGUAAUAAAGCUUGGCCACCGAACAAA